UCGGCCGGACCGAGGCCACGCCUCCCUCACGCUCCCAGCGGCCUGGUUUGGUUGUGUUGCCGCCUGGAAAGGAGACGCUGCCCUUCCCCAGCGAUGGGAUCCCGGCUUUGUGGAAGGACCUGUUAUGUGUGCCCCUGUCCUGCUGGGGAGUGGAUGGUACCCAGGACCCAGCCAGAGACCAGCUGAAGACGUUCUCCUCGGAAGCUCUCACCCCAGGAGGUCCCGUCCCGGGUGCUGGGCCUACCAUGGCAUUCCGUAGGACUGAGGGUAUGUCCAUGAUCCAGGCUCUGGCCAUGACUGUGGCUGAGAUACCAGUGUUCCUGUACACGACUUUUGGUCAGUCUGCGUUCUCCCAACUGCGGUUGACCCCAGGCCUGAGGAAGGUUCUUUUUGCCACGGCCCUCGGGACUGUGGCCUUGGCCCUGGCUGCCCACCAGCUGAAAAGGCGCCGUCGGAAGAAGAAACAGGUGGGCCCUGAGAUGGGAAGUGAGCAGCUGGGCACCAUCCCCAUGCCCAUCCUCAUGGCCCGAAAGGUCCCUUCGGUGAAGAAAGGCUGCUCCAGCCGGAGGGUUCAGAGCCCCAGCAGCAAGAGCAACGACACUCUGAGUGGUAUCUCCUCCAUAGAGCCCAGCAAGCACUCAGGCUCCUCCCACAGCCUGGCCUCGAUGGUAGUGGUCAAUUCAUCCAGCCCUACAGCUGCGUGCUCAGGCUCAUGGGAAACCAGAGGGAUGGAGGAGUCUGUGCCCACCAUGGAUGGCAGUGCUGAGAGCCUCUAUGUGCAAGGCAUGGAGCUGUUUGAGGAAGCCCUGCAGAAAUGGGAGCAGGCACUGAGUGUGGGUCAGAGAGGGGACGGAGGCAGCACCCCCACACCAGGUGACAGCCUCCAGAACCCAGACACCUCGUCUGAAGCACUGUCAGAGCCAGAGUCACAACGAAGGGAGUUUGCUGAGAAGCUGGAGUCCCUGUUGCACCGGGCCUACCAUCUGCAGGAAGAGUUCGGAUCCACCCUCCCCUCUGACAACAUGCUGCUGGACCUUGAGAGGACCCUAAUGCUGCCCCUGACUGAGGGCUCAUUGUGUCUGCGAGCUGAUGAUGAGGACAGCCUGACCUCAGAAGACUCCUUUUUCUCAGCCACUGAGCUCUUCGAGUCCCUGCAGAUCGGAGAGUACCCGCUUCCUCUCUCCAGGCCCGCUGCUGCCUACGAGGAGGCUCUGCAGCUGGUGAAGGAGGGGAAAGUACCUUGUCGAACACUCAGGACAGAGCUGCUAGGCUGCUACAGUGACCAAGAUUUCCUGGCCAAGCUGCAUUGUGUACGGCAGGCUUUUGAGGGGCUUCUAGAAGAAAGGAACAACCAGGUGUUCUUCGGGGAGGUCGGCCGGCAGAUGGUGACAGGCCUAAUGACCAAGGCUGAGAAGAGUCCCAAGGGCUUCCUGGAGAGCUACGAGGAGAUGUUGAACUACGCCCUGCGGCCUGAGACCUGGGCUACCACCCGGUUGGAGCUGGAGGGCAGAGGGGUGGCAUGCAUGAGCUUCUUCGACAUCGUGUUGGACUUCAUCCUCAUGGAUGCCUUCGAGGACCUAGAGAACCCUCCAUCUUCGGUGCUUGCUGUCCUGCGGAACCGUUGGCUGUCUGAUAGCUUCAAGGAAACAGCCCUGGCCACCGCGUGCUGGUCUGUCCUGAAAGCCAAGAGGAGGCUUCUGAUGGUGCCUGAUGGCUUCAUCUCUCAUUUCUACUCCGUAUCGGAGCAUGUUAGCCCUGUGCUGGCCUUUGGCUUCCUCGGACCCAAGCCUCAGCUCUCAGAAGUCUGUGCUUUCUUCAAGCACCAGAUUGUGCAAUACCUGAGGGACAUGUUCGACCUGGACAACGUGCGCUACACUUCUGUGCCAGCCCUAGCAGAAGACAUCCUACAGCUGUCCCGGCGCCGCAGCGAGAUUCUGUUGGGCUACCUGGGGGCACCAGUGGCUAGUAGCACUGGGAUGAAUGGGCCACUGCCUCGAGAGAAUGGGCCCCUGGAUGAGCUGCAAUAGUAGGGUGCAGGCUGGAGGAGAGAGGUGGCCGGGCCUCAGUCACAAGGGUGAUUGCUGGGAGAGAGAAAGCUGCCCCUCCCUUCCUUUGGAGUGGCAUCCAAGGGCCAGGGUGGCCAAGGGCCAUUGCCCCUGAGCUUGCUCUACUUCCUCAUCUGGGAAUCCCAACACCCAGAGGACAGAUUUCCAUGAAGAGGAACCACUAGGAGCACUGGAUAGCAGCUGCCCUUGGGGUUCCCUGAGCAGUAGAGGCAGGCCAGAGUCAGCAGCAGGGUCUGACCAAGGGCAAGCAGCAAGAGAGAAAGGUGGUGGAGAAUGGCUUUGAGCAUGGACCACAGAACCCUCAUCUCCUCUGCCGCUGGCGGAGGGCAAGGAGGUGAUAGGUAAGGGAUAGAGCGCACAGGGCUAUGUGGUGACUGGCACAGGGUUCUGCAAUAGGAGCCAUGUAUAGCUACACACCCCAGCACCUGGGCUUCUGGCCAGGAUGGAAGCCCCAUCUGGGCCAUCCAGAGGGGGCUCACCCCAUGUGUGCUCAAGCAGGGACUCGUCCUUCACAAACCCAGGACGCUGUCCUCAUAUUCCCACGCCCUGCCAAAGACUCAAGUUUCCCCACUUCUGCCACCACCAAAGAGGGAGGAGGAGGCAGGGCUGGCCCUUCCCAUGCCCUGGUGAGCCUGGAGCUCCUUCCUGGGCAGUGCUAGACUCCAGCUGAGGAUUCCAGCCCGAGCUCACAAAGGCCCAUCUCCUGUGUUGCCAUCUGCUGCUCCAAAGUGAGGACCUAGGAACCAUGGCAGGGUGGACAGAGGCCGCAUAGCAGGGCAGUUCCUUCCCACCCCACCCCACCCCACCCCACCCCCGACAAGCUGGACUCAGCACUUUGCCUUCAACUCCAUGCACAUGUGUUUUGGGGCAGCUGCCACCCAGGGUCCUGCAGCAGCCCUUGGCAUUUGUCACGGGGUUCUGGCGGCCUUCCUUUUGCCUGAGCUGGGAAGAUUUUAUUUAUUGCCUUAAUACUUUAUUUGGCUGUUCCAUCCCUCCCAGUUGUGGCAUGCAGGAGAAGACUCCUGGUCUGCAGUGGAGCACUGGCUCCUGGAACAAAGUUCCUCUCCCUGGAAGGGACAAGGGUUCCCUGGGGUCAGCAGGAUGCACUGAAGAGAGGGUAGCCAUGGCUCUGGGUCCUCUCUGAGGCCUGCGCUCAGAAGGGAGCAGCCCUCACGCACUGUCCUGACAUUCCAUUCUUUUGCACUUACCUUGAGCUGUGAAUGUAACCUUGGGCCAAGGCCCACUCUGGUUUGCUCCUGAACCAUACAGCUGUGGCAUUUUUAUUUUGUCCUGUUUGUGUGUCCAUGCCCCACCCUCUACACUCAACCAGCAAUAGAGUGUGAGAGCAAGGCCUGUGAAUCAGAUAAAGGAUCGAAGUGAC